GCCGAAUCUGCGGCGGCUCCUAAACUUGACACACCUGCCUUGCCCAGAACGAAACCAAACACUCAUACGCUUAAAGAGGAAAUCGGACCGAAAAAAGGCCUGUAUUCUACACUGUCCGAACGCAUCUCUAGAGAGAAAAAUAACAGAGGAAUAAAAAGCUGAGAGAGAGAGAGAGAGGAAGUGAAGAUGGUGCUAUGGGAGAUAACAGUAGCAACGGCUUAUUUCUUAGGUUUGAAGAGAACGUACAGACUCGCAUUGAGGAUUCAGCGGCGGGUGAUUAGCCCCAAGUAUCCGAAGAUUCGUCAAUUUGCUCACAGACGAACACGAGCUGUGUUUGAUGUGGCACUCACGGUUCAUAGGAAAAUACAAGAAAGAGAUCUUGAAGCUGGAAGGAAUCUUGGCAACUGGAUCCUUCGAUGGCUUGAUAAAGCAAAGCCAACAGCUAACAUCCGAGGAGAACCCCCUUCCAUUAGCAGUUCCAACAAAUUCAACCCCAAACCACUUGCAAACUCAACACCCCCCAAGAAGCUCGACAGUUUUCAGAAGUUUGAUGCAAAACAGGAUCAGGAUUCCAGCAGGCAUCUGUUUACCUCAUCAAGAAGUAUGUGGCCUAAAGCCUUUCCCACUGUUGCAAUGAUGAUGAGGCCUACAAAGCCUGCAGGAACUAGCAUCCACUACAGGCAGUUCAGCAUUAGCAGUCUUGGUGACUUCAAAGCCAACCUCGGAAGCAAUACUUACAGUGGCAUGGUACGCCCGGACAUAAUGCAGUGGAUUCAACGCGGUCACCUUACUAAUCAAACUACGUUUGCUGCUUUAUCUUGCAAAAAGCUGAACUUCCUUGAGGUUUGAAUUUAGGUAAAUAACAAAAGUAACACAGCUCUGCUGUGUAAGCGGAUAUUAUUAGAAUUAGUUUUUCUGGUUCUCUGUUUACCCCGGCGUGAUCAUAUUUAUGUUUGGCGGAGAUUUUAAAAUUUUGGAUCGUUAUAAUUGUUUUGUUUUUGUGCUGAG